CGGGUGGGGAUCUUCGCUGAUUCGCUCCUUAUCGCAACAAGUUCCUUGCUAGGAUCGGCUAUAAAGAGUUGCAACGCAUUGUUUGAACAGUCUUUUGUGUGUAGUCGCUUAGCUAUCCCAGCAGUCUGUUAGUGAUACUGCGAACGAACCUCUGGUAUCAUCAGGUGAAGCUAUGCGCAGCCUACAGCUAGGCAGUAUCAUGGCGCACCUACAACUGAAUCUGGCUCCAUUGCUGCUGCUGCUGGUGAUGACGGUGAACUGUGGACAGGCUAUGGCCACACCAACACCAGUGGUGCAGCACGUCGUUGCUGGUGAACAGAUUGAUAACGGUCAAUCACAAGAUAACCCAGCGGCGAUUGUUACUGAAGAUACCAAUUGCAUGACUGAAUGGUUACUGAAAGCCAACUCUAGUCGAGCAAGAGCUGUCACCAUUCUCAGCACACCAGCUGCCAUUCAAGCAAUGUUGGAUGAGAAGGUUGUGAAACUCCAACGGACCUUCGUCUUAAGUCUCAUCUUGGGUCUUGCACCGCAGCUUGCAACAGACCUGAAACACUGUAUUUAUCGAACGCCAGAGUGCCCCACAACUGACUUAACAAGGCACCUACCUUGCUCACUUGAUGGAGAAUGUGUGUUCAACAUUACACAGCAAUCCGCUGUUUGCGUUUGUCCAGCUGGACUGACUGGAGGGAGGUGUGAUGCAGAUAUUGAUGAGUGCAGUCUACCAACCUUGAAUACCUGUGAUCAACCAGCUGUGGCAACAUGCUUCAACGCUCACGGAUCAUUCGGUUGUGAGUGUGACACGGGAUUCAAAGGUGAUGGGCGAGUGUGCAAUGAUCUAGAUGAAUGUACAGCUGGUGUACAUGAGUGUAAUGAACAUGCAAUGUGUAAUAACACUGUUGGAUCAUACUCUUGUUACUGUCAAUCUGGAUACAAGGGAGAUGGUACUAACGUUAUCUGCGAAGUUGAUUUAUGCGGAUCAUCUGCCAACAGUGAACUCUGUUACCAAAUUGAGGAUAUGAAAACCUACAAUAAGAGACUGGAAGAGAAACUGGAGGCUAGGGACAUUCAGAUUAAUCAACUGCUCUCCGAUGUAAAGAUACUGACCACCAUUUUUGUCGAACAGAAGACGAAGAUUGAUAAAAUUGAAAUCGAGGCCAAGCGAGACUCCAGGGCCAUCCAGCAACAUUCUGCUGAACAGAUUUCAGCAAUCAACGCCACUCUGCAGGAAGAGAGGCAGAAGACCAAGCAACACUUCAGGACGAUCCGGCAACAUUCUGCAGAACAGUUUUCUGCAAUCAAUACCACUCUGGAGGAAGAAGGGCGUAAGACCAAGCAACAAUUAAGUGCAAUGAAGCAGCAUUCUGCUAAACAAUUCGCAGCAAUCAAUGCUAGUUUAAAGGAGGAAGGACAAAAGUGUGGUGUGGUGGCGUGGAAGUCGUUCAGACAAACUACAGGAAACAGCCGCUAUCGAGCAUCAUGGAAUGUGAUGUACAACAAGACACGCAGUGACACUGUGUUGCGGGUAACCUACACGUCAGCAUUCGGCUCUGGGCGUACUUCUGACUGGAAUUCAUUCACUAUCUCUAUUCUCAUAAACAACACGGAAUGUCUAAAUCCUGGUCCUAUAAGAAGUGGUGUAACCGGUUAUGCGAUCAGCGGUGAUGAUCGCAGUGUGACUCCUGGCUCUAUCAGUGGCAUAUGUAAUAUCAACACUGCUGGUCCACUCAAGCUAUCCACCAAAUUCACCCAGUUAUCCAGUAGCGGUUACAUGUACGAUGGGUACAGUUCUCAUGGUGGUAACCGACUGGUAGCCACUUUUCACGUUGAAGAACUGUGUAGUAACUAACGCAUGUAUUUCAAUGACCCACUUCUACAUCGUGGCAUGUCAAUAGGACACUUUCCAAGUAGGUUAUUUUCCUUUCUCUUCAUUCACUGCGUUCUAUAUCAUUUCAAUAUCUGCAGGUACACUUUUGGCAGUUCAAUGUGGAACAUACUCAAACCAUAGUUCUGUUGCACUUGGGUCGCAUCCACGUUUUACCUAUUUCCUAUCUACACGUUUCGAACUCAUUUCUGUUGUGCACUGCCGUGCUCACUUGCAUCUCUCUUGCUUUUCAUCCAUGUGUUGGCAUCACUUAUUGCAUAUGUAUAGUCGACGCAAAGUUGGUAUUACACUCAGCAGGAUUUGAGAACAAUAGUGGUCCAAGAACUCAAAGCAUUGGAAUCUAAUACUGUAACAUA